AUGGCAAAUACAUUAAGCUCUUCUCUGCUUCUUGCACUUCUUGUUAUAGUCUUUACCUCGUUUUCAGCAACUGCAGCACAAUACAAUGUUCUAAGUUACGGGGCAAAGCCAGAUGGGAGAACUGACUCAACCAAGGCCUUUCUUGCUGCUUGGAAACAAGCAUGUGGCUCUAUUAGCCCAUCUACCAUUUAUGUCCCAGCAGGCAGGUUUUUGCUUCAAAACGUAGAAUUUAAGGGUCCAUGCAAGAACAAUGCGAUUGUUGUACGUAUAGAUGGCACACUUCUAGCUCCGACCGAUUACCGGGUUAUCGGUAACGCUGGAAACUGGAUUUUCUUUCGGAAUGUUGAUGGUGUCACAGUUUCUGGUGGGGUACUAGAUGGCCAUGGCUCUGGUCUGUGGGACUGCAAGAAAUCUGGGAAGAACUGCCCAAGUGGUGCCACGACGCUAGGGUUUUCCAAAUCAAACAACAUAGUGAUCAGUGGAUUAACUUCUUUAAAUAGCCAAAUGUUCCACAUUGUUAUCAAUGGCUGCAACAAUGUGAGAAUCCAAGGAGUCAGGGUUAGUGCUUCCGGAAACAGUCCGAACACCGAUGGCAUUCAUGUACAAUUGUCAAGAAAUGUUGCAAUCUUGAACUCCAAGAUUGGAACCGGCGACGAUUGUAUCUCAAUCGGUGCCGGCACAACAAACCUGUGGAUUGAAAAUGUUGUGUGUGGCCCUGGCCAUGGAAUCAGCAUUGGGAGUCUAGGCAAGGACCUUAAGGAGCCUGGGGUGCAAAAUGUGACAGUUAAAACGAUUACAUUUAUUGGCACUCAAAAUGGGUUAAGGAUCAAGUCUUGGGGUAGACCUAGCAAUGGUUUUGUUAGGAAUGUGCUUUUCCAGCAUGCUGUCAUGACCAAUGUUCAGAAUCCCAUUGUUAUUGACCAAAACUACUGCCCUGACAACAAAAAUUGCCCUGGCCAGGCUUCUGGAGUUAAAAUCAGCGAUGUGACAUACCAAGACAUACAUGGAACAUCAGCAACACAGGUUGCAGUGAAAUUUGAGUGCAGUAAAAAGUUUCCUUGCACUGGGAUCAAAAUGGAGGAUGUGAAGCUCACUUUCAAGAAUCAACCAGCUCGUGCAUCUUGCAGCAAUGCUGAUGGAACAACUUCAGGUGUCAUUCAGCCCAAUAGCUGUCUUUAG